GUUCACACAAACAACAUAAAUACUGGUUUGUGUAUUAUAUAGAUUAGUUCAUUUGCAAAGGUGCUCUGUCCCGCAGUUGAUAACAUGACUUCGAAGCGACUAAACACGUUCAAUAUCAUAGUCUUAUCGGCGGUGGUGGUGGCCGCGGGAUAUCUUAUACGGACUCCUUGGUUUCCCAUCAAACGGGAACUGAAGCAAUCCUUGGGAUACCCGAAGGACUCCCUCUUAAACUUCACGGAGUUAACCGGCAGGUAUGGGUACUCAACCGAGGAGCAUACAGUGGUCACAGAAGACGGUUAUAUUCUCACGAUGUUCAGAAUCGCGAAAGCCAAGAAUUGCCAUAAACGGAAGAGAUCCCCUCCAGUCCUAAUGAUGCACGGGCUACUGCUAAGUGCCGAUACUUGGAUCGAUUCAGGACCAAACGCUGGUCUGGCGUACCUCCUCUCCGAUGCCUGCUACGAUGUCUGGGUCGGCAAUAUACGAGGGAAUCAUUAUGGAAGGAGACACAUUACCCUGAAUCCAGACAAAGAUAAGAAAUUCUGGGACUUUUAUAUUGAAGAAAUUGGAAAGUAUGAUGUUCCUGCCUCGAUCGAUUAUGUCCUGGAUAAUACUGGGUUCGAGAAGCUUAACUAUAUCGGUUUCUCUCAAGGUUCCGGGACGUUAUUUGUGAUGUGCUCAGAAAGACCUGGAUACUGUGACAAGGUGCAACUGAUGAUAGCUCUAGCGCCGGCGUCCAGGCAAUAUCACUCGCAAUCAACAAUUUUCAGAGGAAUCACACAGAUGUUUGAGAAGUUAGAAGAUGCCUUCUCUUUGUGUGGUCUCCACGAAGUGUUCGCGACUGGCGCCUUCACUCAGGAGUUCUUUGCGUUCUUCUGCCAAGUGUCCGACAUGACUGAGGCUAUGUGUGAAGUGUUCAUGAGCGUUUUCGACCAGGUGGACGCCUUCCAUCCAGGAUCUAUCACUAACGACACCACAAAGGUUUUGGUCGGACACUUCCCGGCUGGAACGUCUUUACGGAACAUGGCUCGAUAUGGCCAAAGCAUGAGGAGCAAGAGGUUUCAGAAGUUUGACUACGGGAUGGAGCAGAAUCUGGUGAUGUAUGGAAGUGAACGGCCUCCGGAGUACAACCUCAGUGCUGUGACAGUGCCUGUGUUGUGUUUGUAUGGGAAGAACGAUGGUUUGGUGGAUACAAAGGACGUUGAAUGGUUGACGUCACGCCUUCCAAAAGUGCUGGAGGUGAUGUUAGUCGAGGAUCCGCUGUGGAACCACCUGGACAUGACGUACAGUCAGUACACAAGUUAUGCUAUAUUCCCAAAGGUUAAUGAAUACCUACUUAAAUUCACUGAAGAGUAGCUGUGAUACUAUCUUAUAAUUGAAUUCCUGGUGAUUUGAAAUCGAUAAAUGAGUGAUAAGUGAUAUAGUGAGAACAAGUAUUAAUCUAGUUUUAAUUAUUUUAAUCUCAAUUUGUAAGUUGUAAUCGAUACGGAAUUUAUUAUUAUUUAUUUUGGAAUGGUUCCUUUAGUUAGCGUGUAAGGCAUUUCGUGGUUUAAUUUUGACCUCAGUUUAGCAGUUUAAAUCGAUUUGGUGUAAAUAUGUAUAGAUUUUGGAAUGGUUCCUAUCGUUGAAAUUAUUGUAAAGAUAUGUUUAUCCCAGUUAAGGACAAAACGAUAAAAACGACUGUAUCUUGCUGGGCGCAGAUAAAAAUGGAUUAAUAAUAUUUAAAUACGGACAUUAUUAAAAAAAAAAUUAUGGGAAUUAAAAUUGUCUAUCACAAUAACUGGUGACAGGCUUCUAGACCGAUAUUUUUGCAGACUUUUUAUCGAUUUGAGAAGUCUUAACUAUUUUAAUCGUAAGUUAUCGAAUAGAAACAUCAUUGCCGUACAUAAUUAUGACCGAUUGCUAUUAUCGAUAAUGCUUAUCGCAAUGUAACUCGUCUCCGAGCUCACCAUUGUGUGAAUACUUAUGUAAAAUAGCAAUUAUUAGACAAAA